ACCUAGUGAACUUGAUCGUCAUAGCUCCACCCCUGCACCCACUAAAUCCAGGGUUCAGCCGCGACACUAUUUCGCCCAUCUCCAUACAGGUUCGAGCCAUCUGAACAGAAAACAUCACAUUUUUCCUGCUGAGACUUCGCGAACACCAACAAUUAAGCCACAAUGCCACCGAAAAAGACUGCCCUUGCAGACGCGUGGGACGACGACUGGGAGAGUAUUGCAGAUAAAGAAGACUCAAAACCCCAAACUCCCCAGCCGGAGCCCAAGCUGUCAAAAGCUGAGCGCAAGGCCCAGCACGUAGAACUGAACCGCCGGCUCUGGGAGUCAGCGGAGAAUCCAGAGCCUAAACUAUUCCUCCAAGCUCGUGAUAACGUCCCCGUUCUAUCAAGCUUCAAGCCCAAUGUUACUGUUCUAGCACGCAAGCCUCAGGUGCUCUCGCGAAACAACCCCACCUCUGGCAUGGCGGGGCUGAACUUGGACGACGACGACGACAGCGAGGAAGAGCGACGCAAGAAAGCAGAAAUAGACUUUGAGGAACGCAAGGCUCGUGCUCAGAAAGAGCGUGCAGAGAAGGAACGUAAAUAUGCAGAAGCGCGUGAGAGGAUAUUCGGGUCUCCCGCCGCAGCAGAAGGAUCUCGCAGCAACUCGCCAAACAAGGCCACGAGAGGGAAAGGACGGGGCCGCGGUGGACGCGACAGUCAGCCUAGAUCUAGUAAUGAGCAGUCACCUGCGCCACCUGCGGGUCCAGGACGACAGUUGUUCGACCACUCGUAUUCGCCAAAGCCAGGUUCGGUGUACAUCCAGAGGAGGGAAGCUGGAACUAGUCGACCAGGCACACCCAGCGAGCAAGAAAGACCAAUUCGUCAACCUCAAGGACCUGCGACAUCUGGUGGACGUGGCUUUGCAUCAAGGGGUGUACAUACCCAGGUAGGCCCGUCGUAGUGGACACAGCAGAGCUCUUCCCAAACGAGAGUUUGCGUUCUUGGUGCUUAGGGACGUGUGUCUCUCCGCCUGAAAAAGCUCGAGAACACAACCUCAAUCACUCAACAAACAUGAUGGGCAGAA